AUGGCGUCGGCCAGGAUCGGUUUGCGAGGCAGAAAAGGCAUAUUCGGCGUGCUGCUGGUCGCCGUUUUGCUGCUGCUUCUCUACUAUAGGUUGCAGCUUGUGGACAGUGGCAGUGCGUCGUCCAAAGCUAAAGUUCUUGAAGGUGGAGAAACGGUGAAGCUGGUGGCGAAGGUGAUCGUCGAAGUCUACUUUUCCAGCUUAUGCCCGGAUUCUACGUUGUUUUUCGCCGAGCAAUUGGUGCCAUUUUGGAGAACACGCUUUCACAACUUCGUGCAGUUGGUGCUCGUUCCGUACGGCAAGGCGUCGUUCGCAACCGAUCGCCAGGGCAAAACGACCUUCCUGUGCCAACACGGCCCGGACGAGUGCUACUUGAACAAGGCGAUGACUUGCGCCAUCGAACUGCUGCAACCAGAUGUCACCGACACCCUGAAGAUCAUUUCGUGUCUGCAGGGCAGUGAGCCGAAGAACGUUCUUAAGUGCACUGCCAAUACAAAGCUGACCACUGCUCAGAUGCAAAAGUGCAUCGAUGGUCAAACGGGUGACGACAUGCUCAAAAGAAUGGGCAAGAAAACAGAUUCCGUCGGAAAGAAACUCUUAUACAUACCGACCAUAUACAUCAACGGUAGGGCAAACAAAAACGCAGAGUUUCAUUUGCAUGCCGAGCUGUGCAAAGUGCUGCCUGUGAGGGAGAGAAAGUUGUGCCUCGAACACAAAGUUUAG